AUGUGUCAUCUGUUCUUUGAUAGAGGAGAUACUCUAAGCGACUGUAGCGGUGUCGUCACACUGACAGGCAUGUUAUUUCUGUUCGCCGAUAUCACUGAAGAUAGGUGUUUUCUCUGGCAUUACACUCAUGACCUUGAUCUGGCACGUAGACUUCAACAGAGCGUUGCAAGAGCGAACGAUCUUAGUCAAAAUAUCCUUGGUAAAUUUCCCAAGAUUCGUAAGUUCAAACAGAGACUGGAUGUUCUGGACAAGCAGCCAAUGGUGUUUAUGGUGUCCCACCCUCACGGAUGUAGCAAGCAGGUCAGCAUAGGUCGCUGGACAUGCGCAGAAGAGAUUAACAGUGAAAUGAGCUCAUUUUUAUACAGCACUGGAAGUUGUCCGGGAUCUAGUGGAGCUCAUGUGUGUGAGUUGCAGUGGUUCGGAGGCCCAUCUAUGGGUAAAAAAUAUUCAGCGAUACCUCACUGUGGGGCUUCCGAGGGGCAACUUGGGACCAACUUUUGCCGUGUCUACAGAGAGUGGCUAACACCAAACUUCGUUUCCCUGGAAAUGUUGCAACUGCAUACAGGACCAUGGGAAGACAACUUCUGUAGUGUAGAAGAGCAAGAUCGGAACCAGCAUUACGCCGACUGUAAGAAGAAUCCAGGACACGAGAAUUUCUUUUCUGUUGACACCUUCAGUAUGGACCAUCUCCCGCCUUCCUACCGAAGUAAUAACCUCAUGGAAUUUAUAAAACUGGUGUCAGAUCUGACUGUCCGUGUGACAGUCAACUAUGUCAGUGAGAACAGACCUGAGACUGUCCCGGGAACUGCCAUCCCGUACCCGUGGUCCAGUAACAGGGGCAGUCGCCUGACGAGGGUAGGCACUGGCUGGAUUGCACAUGUAAAAGUAUAUGACAAUAAAGAAUGUUACUGUAAAAAAUGCAAGGAUUCUCCAGAAUCAAAACCAACGGUGGCUUAUAUUACCAUGAGGACGUCAAAUCAUCUUGUUUACGAUGAACUGGAGGCAGAGCACACAACUUGUGAGCUGUUGUCUUCUUCUGGAGAAAUACUGGCAACCUGCCAAAAUCUCGAUAAACUCGACGAUGCGGAGUUUUAUAACAAUGAGACCACUAACGGCACAUGCAGAGUUAAAUAUUCCAUACAUAACAUGGAUCUUGUACACAGUCUUCAAAAUAAGAUAUACGUGUUGGCACGUGGUCUUGUUAAUCCGAUACUGAAUAAUUCUUUGAAAUCCACGAAACACGUCAAAGUAAACGACGGCGAAUAUAGUAAACAAAAAAACUCUGUUCUAUAUUUUGUGGUCUCUCACCCGCACGGAUGUGCCAAACAGGUCAGCAUUUGCUUCUGUGGUAACCCAGGUAACGCUGAUACAGAAGGAAGCCAGUGUUCACACACUUCCCUAGUUUGUCCAGGUUCUUGUGGGGCUCCCGUGAUUGAGCUGUCUAGGAGACUUGUCUAUCCUGUCUGUGAAUAA